AUGUCAUAUUCACAGUUUGAAGCAAGACCGCAGCCAAAGUCAAAACGUGCUUUCCACCCGAAAGUCCGGACUGGAUGUCACCUACGUCGGGUACGCUGUGACGAGCGCAAGCCCUACUGCAAGGGGUGUGUAAGACUAGGCCGCAUAUGCGAGUAUGCGGCACCUACAAUCCAACCCAAGCCCAUGCAGCUGCAGCUGCAGCAGACGCUCCUACCAGCACCCGUGCCUAUGUGGACCGAGGCCGACAGUCUCCGAACCGCCUAUUACAACGCCUUCCAAAGGUACGAUCCGAUCGGCAUCUCCAAUUCUGAGACAUUCGCCCAGGUCAUUCCGAGGGAAAGCUUCAGCGAUGAUGUCUUCUAUCCUAUCUGCAUGAGCUUGGGGGCGCUCUCGCUCUCCUCAGCGGCUCGGUCUAUUGCAGGCUGCGACGAGCAGUCCUUGAUUCCACUAGCCACGUCUUCCCCGGCGGAUGCGGUCCACGCGAAAGCUGUUCGGUAUUACUCCACCGCCUUGUCGCGCCUGCGCGAGCGGCUGGGCUCCGAGGGCGCUUCCUUGUCACCCCGGACUUUACUCCUCACCACCGGAGCCAUGGCGUCCUUCGAGUUGAUGCAGGGCAACCUCAUAGGUAGCUGCCACUUGCAGGUCGCCUGCUUCUCAGUUCUCGGUGACGCCGUUAUCGCACAUGCUCAAAGCGGAAAAUCUGAGAGGUUCGGUCUCACGGCUCUGCACAAAGAUGAUCUGGCAAUCGCAGAGACCGAAGCGGUUCACAUUCGACUUGCAGCCAUGUGUCUCCUGGAGCAGCCGAUGCUGUUCAAACGGAGGUUCCAGAGGACAGUCCCGAUACCACGUCCAGCACUGGGAGAACUCCCCCAGCCGGAUGCUCCUACGAAAACAUUCCAGACAUCCUGGAACGCCUUCGCUCAGAGGCUCGAGGAUUGGAAAUUAGCUUGCUGUUGGUCUAUCUGUCUUAACGGUACAUCCGCCAAGUUGCCAGAAUAUCUGGACGAUCAGCGGAUCCUAGUCGACUGUCUACAUUCAUGGGGAAAGACCAUCACGGCUAGGACCCGACUCAGCCGUUGCUUAUCACUCGAUCACGACCAUGUCCAGGUACUCAAGGUGCUCCUCAUCUACGUCAGAGCGAUGCAGCUAUUCCUAGCUCCAGAUGACGAGGACACCCAAAGAUUCGGAAGCGUGCAUGCCACAGACUUGGCGGACCUCGCGCGGCUGCCCCUCAGACCCAUGGGCCGUUUUAUCGGCGGUUUCCUGUUGGGGUCUUGGAACGACUGCUUCAGCGACUCGCUUUUGCUCCCCAUGAUCAAGUUCUCGGCCCUCAAAAGGAAAUGCGCCACCACAACGAUCAACUCCAAGUUGGCAAAGCAGCAACUCGAUCUCGGGGAAGCGAUUUGGUUUACACUGGCACAGUACUACGAGGGAAGUAAAAGCCAGCACGAUGCUGGGUUUCUCCCAGUACGGACGAGAAUCUCGUGGACUUCCCUGUGGUGGGACCAUUACAGCGAUCUCUUCAGGGCGUACAUCAAGGACGUGGGUGACGAGGACCAUUCGUACUCAUGCGACACAACCAUCUAUACUGUGAGUCACGAUGGUUCUCCCAAACUUCCCCUUGGCGCAAUUCUGCAGGUCCUCCACUCAAAGACAGCCGAGUACUUUGCCCAGCCGCUGCCGCGAGAGACGCUCAAAGACGUCUACCCUGCGCGCAUCGCGGCCGUGUCCCGCACCAUUUCGCGCUUUGUCGUAUACUGCUAUCCGCAUGUGCCUCGCAACGUGCAGGUCGACAUCUCCAUCUGGGCGUCCAUAGCCAACGUGCUCGACGACGAGAUCAGCACCGACCCUGCGGCGCACACGUCCGACCUCUGGACCGACCUGGCAUUUUUGCGAGCUGCGGUACCGUAUGGGCGAGGUAUACCACGCGGCGGCGGCGCCGCCGGAGUUGGGUCUUGCGGGCAAGAAGUUCCGCGAAUACCAAGACAGGGCGUUUUCGGUCGGACGGGUGCCUUUGGAGGAAUGGAGCCUGCCGGAGGACCAACGAGUGCCACAACCGCGAGUCCAGCCAGAUGA